AUGGCAGCGCAUGGAAUGGUUUGUGCAGGUGUGCGUAGAAGAAUUGGUAAUGGCAGAACAACUUUAAUAUGGGGACAUCCCUGGCUACCAGAUAAUCCCAGUCCACUGGUCCAGACUGUUAUGCCUGAGGAGUUAAGAAAUGCACAUGUAUCUAGCCUGAUUGAUCACCACACUAAAACCUGGGAUCCUCAUAUUUUAACAGAUUUAUUUGACCCGGAGGAUGUGGCACGUAUUUCUAUGAUCCCAGUGAGUCCGGACUAUGAGGACACAUGGUUCUGGUUUAAGGAACCAACAGGAAUCUAUACUGUCAAGAAUGCUUAUAGGCAGAUAGUGGGUGAUUAUGAGCAUAACCCAGGGGCUUUUGAUAAAUGGGUUAAAUUAUGGAAGUUGAAAAUACCUCCCAAAUGGAAAACUUUUUUGUGGCGAGCGCUAUGUGACAUUCUCCCCACCACGAAUAAUUUAAUUAUGAAAAGAGUUGAAGUGGAGCCUACGUAUCCAAUGUAUGGUUUAUAUGAUGAAAAUGAUAUGCAUGCCUUGUUUAUGUGUGAUUUUUCGAGAAUGGUGUGGGGUAUGUCGGGGUUACCUGUGGUUAAUAUUGUGACAGAUUCUUUGGUUGUCCGGCUUAUGAGAAUUUUUAAUGCUUUAACAGACGAACAGUGUGGCCUAGCAAUUUCCAUUCUCUACAACAUAUGGAAUGCUCAGAAUACCGCUGUAUGGGAUCAUUCUCUGCCACGCCUGCGCAGGUUGCCCGGCGUGCGGUUGCUGCCGACCGACAGUACCGCCAGGUUCAUCAUCGGGCUGCAACGCUGGAGUCUGCCUCACCACCUGCGGCAAACGGAGAUGGACGGGUGA